GAGCCCAACAUUUUUUGUGAAACGCAUACUUGAACUUGUUACUCAAAAUUUACACAAAUGAAAAAAUUCGUAAAACAUAUCACAUAGUAGUGAAAUCAGUUAAAAUGCCUGUCACAGCUACACAGUUAUCAAAUCUCUUGAAAGGAACUAAAAGAUUUGAUCAAGUUCUAAAUAAGGUAAAAAUAUUAAAACUUGAACAGGGAAAGUGUGAGGCUGAAUUAACACUUGAUGAAGAACAUACAAAUAUAUAUGGAGGGCUUCAUGGAGGUCUGUCUGCUACAUUGGUUGAUUCAAUAUCUAGCUAUGCCUUAAUGUCACAUGAACAUGGACAAAUGCCCAAUGUUUCCAUUAAUCUGAAUAUAGAAUUUUUAAAAGCUGCCAAACUGGGGGAUAACAUCAAAAUAAUUGCUGAAACAUUAAGAGUUGGAAGAACAAUUGCUUCUUUAGAAGUUCUAAUUAAAAAUGAAAGUGGAGAUCUCCUGGUAAAAGGGUCUCACACCAAGUUUCUGAAAUUUGCUGAACCGGAAUUCAACCCAUCUAAUGUAAAUUUUCAAUCAAUUGACCACGGGAAUGCAUUAGCGGAUUUCAUAGUUGAAGAAGAACACACCAACCCUCUUGGCACUUUGCAUGGAGGAUUUUCUGCAACUUUAGUUGACAGUGUUUCCAGCUUUGCUCUCUCAACUCAUGAUAAAGUUGGCUGUCCCCAUGUUUCAGUUGAUAUUCACUUAACAUAUUACUCUUCCGCAAAUGUGGGAGAUCAUGUUGAAAUCGAGGCAAAUACAAUAAAAGCGGGUAGAUCGAUGGCGUUUUUAGAAGUACUUAUUAAAAACAAAAACACUGGUGUUCUUUUAUUGCGAGGUCUACAUUCAAAGUAUUUGAUGCGCGGAAAGUAAUCUAGAAUAAAUUAACAGUUUAGUUGUAAAAAAACUUAUUCGAAUUUUAGUAGAUUUCACUAUAUUUAGGUAUUUCGUGGUAUUGAUCACGUCUGGUGAUUAUAAGAGAUAUCAUUUUCAUCAACAUUUUAUUUUAAUCAAAUUUAAAAAAAUAAUUUAAAGUAAAAAUACCGACGUUAUUGCGAGGAUUGAAAGUAUGUAAUAUAAUUAUUUUUUUUUUAUCGAAAAAUUGAUAACCAAAAAAUUCAUUGAAAUUAUAAUAGAUUUUGCCAUAUUUAAGUAUUUUCUGAUGUUGAUCAUGUCUGGUGAUUCAUUGAUUGGGUAAUCAUUCUUAUCGACAUUUUGCUUUAAUUAUCCGGCAGCUAGAUAAAGCAUGACGUAACUUAAAAUAAUGACACGACAGUCUCCUUUUAUUGAAAUUUUAUAACUAAAAUACCAAUUAGUAAACACAAUGGUUACACGAU